GCAUGCGCCGACCGCAGCGGGAGUCCUUCCCGGCUCCUUCCCUCCCUCAUCCGGGUCCUGGGCGAGCGGGCGCCGUGCGCGUGUCCCGUGGCCGAGCUGCUAAUAAAGUUGCACUGAGGGGAAGCGCAGCGGCGGCGCCGGGAGAGUGUGCCCAGGCGGCCGGAGAGACUUGAACCAAUGAAAGAAGCUUAUGGCACUUAUGAAGAUAAAUGUCACUCCUCCCUUUUUAAUUGGAGCGUCUGCUUAGGACGUGUAUAUGACUUUUCACCUGUGAUCUGUUCUUUCAGUAGCCACUGACUUUGAGUUGCAGGAAAGGUCUCUGAAGAUUUAUAUCAAAUGACGUCAAUGGCCAGCUUGUUUUCUUUUACUAGUCCAGCAGUAAAGCGAUUGUUGGGCUGGAAGCAAGGGGAUGAAGAGGAGAAAUGGGCAGAAAAGGCAGUCGAUGCUUUGGUGAAAAAGCUAAAAAAGAAAAAGGGUGCCAUGGAGGAACUGGAGAAAGCCUUGAGCAGUCCGGGACAGCCGAGCAAAUGUGUCACUAUUCCCAGAUCUUUAGAUGGACGCCUGCAGGUUUCUCACAGAAAAGGCUUACCCCACGUUAUAUAUUGUCGUGUUUGGCGCUGGCCUGAUUUGCAGAGUCAUCAUGAGCUAAAACCAUUGGAUAUUUGUGAAUUUCCUUUUGGAUCUAAGCAAAAAGAAGUUUGUAUCAACCCAUACCACUAUAAGAGAGUGGAGAGUCCAGUCUUACCUCCAGUAUUAGUGCCUCGUCAUAAUGAAUUCAAUCCACAGCACAGCCUUCUGGUUCAGUUUAGAAACCUGAGCCACAAUGAACCACACAUGCCGCAAAACGCCACUUUUCCAGAUUCUUUCCACCAGCCCAACAACACUCCUUUUCCCUUAUCUCCAAAUAGCCCCUAUCCCCCGUCCCCUGCUAGCAGCACAUACCCCAACUCCCCAGCAAGUUCUGGACCAGGAAGUCCUUUUCAGCUCCCAGCUGAUACUCCUCCUCCAGCCUAUAUGCCACCAGAUGAUCAGCUGGGUCAAGAUAAUUCUCAGCCCAUGGAUACAAGCAAUAAUAUGAUUCCUCAGAUUAUGCCCAGUAUAUCCAGCAGAGAUGUUCAGCCUGUUGCCUAUGAAGAGCCCAAACAUUGGUGUUCAAUUGUUUACUACGAAUUAAACAAUCGUGUUGGGGAAGCUUUUCAUGCAUCUUCUACUAGUGUGUUAGUAGAUGGAUUCACAGACCCUUCAAAUAACAAAAGUAGAUUCUGCUUGGGAUUGUUGUCAAACGUUAAUCGAAAUUCGACAAUUGAAAACACUAGGCGACAUAUUGGAAAAGGUGUUCAUCUGUACUACGUUGGCGGAGAAGUGUAUGCAGAGUGUCUCAGUGACAGCAGCAUAUUUGUACAGAGUAGGAACUGCAACUUUCAUCACGGCUUUCAUCCUACCACUGUCUGUAAGAUUCCCAGCAGCUGCAGCCUCAAAAUUUUUAACAACCAAGAGUUUGCGCAGCUGCUGGCUCAGUCUGUUAACCACGGGUUUGAGGCGGUAUAUGAGCUUACCAAAAUGUGUACAAUUCGCAUGAGUUUUGUCAAGGGCUGGGGAGCAGAAUAUCACCGGCAGGAUGUUACCAGCACGCCAUGUUGGAUUGAGAUUCAUCUUCACGGGCCUCUUCAGUGGCUGGAUAAAGUCCUCACUCAGAUGGGCUCCCCUCUGAACCCCAUAUCUUCUGUUUCAUAGUGCAGAAGUAUUCUUUUCAAAUACGUUAUUAGUGGACUUGUUUUAAUUUUAGGGAAACUUUCAGUACAGAUACUGUGAGCUUACAUGGAAAAUAGCUUAUUUUUUUCUACAUAAUUGUGACCAAUACCUUUGUAUUUUGUGAUGAAUCUACAUUUGUGUGUAUUAAUGUUCAUGUGAUUAACUUUCAAAAGUGUUGUGAAAGAUGCAGAGUAACUAUCAUGCUCCAGUUCAAAAGUUUGGCAUUAAUCUUAAACUGGAACAUACUUUUGCCUUAUUGUCUCAACAAUUUUUUUAUGUUAAAUUUGUUUUGAAAAAGUAAUACAUCACAUGAUGAAAAAUUGUAACUGUAUAAGUGGGUAUAUAUACAGUGAAAAGUCCUUUGACUUUUGAUCCUCCAGAAGCUGUACUUUUACCAGUUUCUUUGUCCUACCAACUUUAAAAAAGUAUAAUUCAUUGUUCUGUAAAAGCAUAUAGUAGGGGCUUAAAAGAAACUAUAAAAAAAAAAACUUCUAUUUGAAGGAACGCUACGCACUACUCUAACAAGUAGUGUUCAGUAAAAACAAAGCGAUAGUUUUCUAGAUGACAUCAUAAAAUGUACAUUUAAUACAGCUAAAUGUAUGUCAUUGUAUUGUGACUUCACUCAAUAUAUCUUUUGUAAAACAUUUCCUUUUUUAAAAAAAUACUGCCAACAAUGGAUCUCCAGUAUAUGUCAUUUACUCAGAAUCUGUCAUAAGUACUGCUUUAUAGCUAGUGACAUUGCGUGCACGGCCUUGUUCAGCUACGUUUGCUGCUUUUGGCCAGUGUUGCAAGAACUCUAAUUUUGACAUGCAUUAAUCUUUUAUUUUGCACUUUGAUGGGUGACAGUUCUUAAUGUAACCUUUUGUGAAACACACUCAAGUGACUUGGACUUAAGACUCCUCCUUACUUCCUUGGUACCCCUUUUGUAUUAACAAACACUGCAAUUUAUAGGUUACAGUUGUAGGAAGUUAACCCUUUUUUCUAGCUUUUGUUGUAUUUUCAAUGUAGAUUAUAAGACUGUUAUUCUCUAGCUCCAAUUUAAGGUGCCUUUUUAAUUCCAGUUUUAUGGAUGUUAUUAAUGUUGGAAAAUCGUGUACUUAAUUCCAGUGCUCUUACUUGCCUCAGUCUCUCCAUGGAAGGACCUAUAUGCUGUAGCCAUAGGAGCCUCUUCUCUUCAGUCUGGCCCCAAGGAUGAGGCUACUCGUCUGAUACUUAGAGGACUCAGUAGUGGUUGCUGAGGUAGCUGAAGUUAAAGCAUUCCCGUAGCAAAGGACGCCAACUGUUCUCUCAGUUACCACGCUGUCUUUUAACAUUUUUCAAGCACCUAUGUGAGUGUUAGCCUCCCAGAAUACCAUCCUCAGAGAGGAAAGACGUGCAAACUCUAAAAUACCAUUGAAAUCAAUCAUGCUUAAAAGCUUUGGGUAAAGGGCUCAACCCUUUUUUAGGGAGUAGUCAGAUGGACUCUUCUUGGUUAUGGCAUGAGAACAAAGAUGUUAUUUUGAAAAAAAUGACCUAAUUUACCUAUCUAAAGAAUCUUACUUUCUGGUGCCUUUUGUAAGUAUAUGGAGCCAUGUUAGUCUUCUGUUUAAAAUGUUAGUUUGGUUUGACUUUCUUCCUUGUCCUUUCUGCUUUUAUGAGGAAGAAAAUGCAUAUCUUGAUGAAAGGAGAAGGCAAUUCCUUUUGUUUUCUGUGACAUUAUUUAUUGCUUUUACAAAGUGCAGCCAGUGGAUGGUUUUAGUUCUUUCAGAUGAAGUGCCAUGAAUGAGUGUUUCAACUCACAGCCCUUUGCUGGGUAAAAGAAUACUUUGUGACAGUCAGUGUACCUGAUAUCAAUGUACCUGAUAUGCAUUCUCAAUCUCUCAGAGCUGUAUCAGCCACAUGAAAGAGGAUAUUAUUUGCUUAGUGAUAGAACAGUUUUUAUUUACAUCAUUUUACUCACUGGGCUCAUAGCACAAUCUUUGGAACAAAUUUGUAGAAAAAACUAUCUAGCUUGAAUGACAGAUACCUGUAAUCAACUUCAGUGGGCUUGAACUGAUGGAAACUAUUGAAUUGUUUUAUUGAUGCUUUCAAUUGAGUUAAUUAAAAUUUAAUUUUUAUUCAUGUCAUAGACUUUAGUUAUUAGCAGGAUUUUAAGUGAUUGCCCUUUUCUGUGUUUUCUCUAUGGAGUUGUGUCUCGUGAAUGAUGGUGCUGAAGCUGUUAACAGUUGAGUUUCAUGGAGAAGUAUAAGCCUGUUGUGUUUCCUAGAAGUUGUAAACUCCGCAGCCUUGGGUUUUAAAUGAAAACAAUUUAGGUGCUUCUAUGGUUUCUGAGGAUGCCCAAUAUCUAUCGAUGGGAAAUAAAAAUUGCCAAUGAGAUUUUUUUAAAAGUAAGUAAAAUUGUGACCAGUGGAAAGAAAGUACCUCUGAAAGAAACCAUUUCAGAAAAUUACAAUUUUUAAGUAUUUCUUUAAUCCUCAGAAUGGUAUAUAAAACUUAAAUACCAUUAAAAUAAUCACAUUUUAUAGCAUGUACAAUAUGUUAAUGUAUGCCAGCUGAAAAGACAGAGUCUAGGAAUAAUAAAAUUACAUCCAAUUUGGUAAAUGCAAAAAAGAAGAAUAGAAUCAAAAUCUCAGUAAAGAGUUAAAGCAACAGAAAGAUGUUGAUUGGGAAAAAAACAAUUUAAGAGGUACAUUUGACUAACUUCUCUGCAUAGUAGGUGUUCUGAUUGGUAUUAUGGUCUGGUUGGUAUUGCCUGCUUAAGUUGUGGAAUAUAAACUAGUAGACAUGUUACUGAUCUGUUGAAGCUAACAUUUUUUUCUGUAGAGAGAAUUUAAGGAAGACAUCAAUCAAAAGGUCAUACACACACACACACAUCAGAAUAGAAAUCAUUUUUCACAUUCUAUUGUUAUAUAAGAAAACUGAUAAUACAAUUGGCUGGGUUUUUGAGGCAAAGUCCACAGUAAUAUUACUAGAUAGCUCAACAAGCUAAACCUAAUGGUACAGAAAGAGGAUUUAGCCAUUUUAUACUUUUCGAACAUUUGAGAGUAAGACAUCCUUUUAGGAUGUCAAAUGAUCAAUAUGUAUUCAGACCUGAAAUGUAUUGUCAAGAGAAGAAGUGGGGCUUACAUUAUUAAAAACUUCAGUAUUACACGAGGGUACCUGUGGGAAACAGUUUCCCUGUACUGGUAUUCUGUUAAAGGAGGCAAUUUAUACAAAAAAUGAAAUCCUACCAAUAGCGGAGAGACUCCAAAGAGUUUGACAGCGAUGUGUUUUUAUUAUGAAGAGCAUCUUUUACACCAAUUUAGAUCCAUUUCUUUAUACUUUUUCUAGUUGUUUGCUUAAUAUUACUUUGGCUCAUUAUCACUUUCCCACUUAAAAUAUAUUAAUAUCUUUUGUACUUCCUGAAGAAGGAAGACUCUUGUGAAUUAUGAAAUCCAGCUUCCAAUGAUGACUUUAAUUUUGGACCUGUUAACUUUUCAGAGAGUCAGAGCCCUUCUUUGUCGUCUUAGUUAAAUCCUCACUUAAUCUCUCCGGUAGGAAUAUGUUUCCUCUUUAUACCCAUCAGCUAGAUAAGCACAGAUCUUUUAAGAUAGUAGAUAGCCUGGUGGUUUUAGAAGUGUUUGGUAAUUUUUAUGGGAGUGAGUUUUCCUAAGCAUUGGUUUAUGGAUGGUCUCAAAUAUUAACUAUGGCAGCUUUUUGGAGGUAACCUCAGGUUUGAUGCCUGUUUUUCCAGAGCAGCAGCAUUUUCCUCACUGGCACAGGUGGGAUUCUGGGGAGGAUUUCUCUUCACAGAAGAUACAUGUAUGGAAAAUGAGAAUUCAAGGCAUCUCUUCUGCAUAAACAAUUCUUCCUGCUGCACAGAAACUGGACAGUUCUUUGGAAUUCACUGGAUUGCAGUUCAGAAUGUCAUGACUAUAAGAGGUAACAGUCUUUAUCAAGCCUUUGCUAUAUUGGAUUAUACUUAAUAGAAACUCGUCUUCUAAAAUACAACUAUGUUGUAAUUGAAGUGUCACCCGAAAAUUGGAUGGUUUACAAAACCAGUGUGAGGGAUUUUACAUAACAAUCUUUUUUAAAGUAAGAGCUUAUUUUGUACUAUUUGCUGGUAGCAAUUGCUGUAAAACCAGUGAUGAGUUAUUUUGUUGAAAAGACCCAGGCAGAGCAAGAUUCUUCUGUCAUUCAUGAAUACUGAGAAAGGUUUGCAUGGUUCUUGUCUCAAUAAUUCUGUUCUUAAAAUUCUUAAAAUCAUUAUACCAUUGUCCUUUAAGGUUUUAUUUGAAGAUGCUGUUUUUAAAAUGUUCAGAAUUUUGUGUACAGGUAGAUUUCCCCCCUCAUUAUUAGAUAGUGCCUUCUUAAUACUAGCUGGUGUUAGCUAUACCCAAACUCUGGUGAGGCCAGACAAGCCCAAGUUCUUUGUAAAAGGAGAAAUCUUUUAGAGUCAGAUUUUCCCUUCUCACACCAUUACAGAUGAUGUUGCUUUGAUUUAUUUAUACAGUAUUUUUACUGUAGGACUCUUGAAGAUAAUAGUUGGGCAAGUGGUUUUCUUCUUAACCUGUUUGGUUAAGGUUUGCAUUUUGAAAAUCACCUAUUUUAAAAUUGGAUGAGAUUGUAAUCAUGAAAAUUAUACGUACCUGCCCAUGUUCUCUUAAAAAGAUACUUCGUAUACAGAUGAAAAAGACCAAACCAAUGACUGCACUCUAGGUCUGCUUCUUAUUUGUACUUGUUCUGCUUGUUUGUUGUAGAAAAUGAAAUUCUAGCAACGUGCUUCAAUGCUGUUAUCUUUUUGAUACUUAUAAAAAUGUAUUAGGUUUUACUGUAUUGUGCUUUUCAAAGCCAUAACUCUUAAGAACUUUGUUUUUGCAUAUUGUUUGCUAAUACUUUAUUUUAAUAAAUCUCAAAACCUG